UCUUACGAGGAAGCGGGAGGGGUGCCGAGGGGGGGGGGUGAGGGCUUCCAGGAAGGCAGAAGUGUACGCCGUCAUACCCGCGCGUCACUUUACGGCUGUGCUGUGCUGGUCGUGGUCGAUGGCGAGUGCUGUCUUUUCUACCUUUCAAGUUGCUAAAAGCGCUAGCGUCAACUAGCAUGAAUCGGGGCAGACACUUGCGAGCGGCCGAGGAGGAGGAGGAGGAGGAGGAGGAGGAGGAGAAGCUCAUGGACGACUACUUGGCUUCGGUCGGACUGCAUCGGAAACGCGUCGCCAAGGACGGGUCGUGCUUGUUUCGUGCCGUGGCCGAACAGGUUCAUCUCAGCCAAAACCUUCACAAAGAAGUCCGGGCCCAGUGUGUUCGCUUCCUGAGGCAGCACAGAGAGAGCUACGCGGCGUUUAUUGAAGGGGAUUUUGAAGCGUACCUGGAGCGGCUCCAUGACCCGCAGCAGUGGGCAGGCGAGGUGGAGAUGAACGCACUGGCCAUCAUGUACAAGAGGGACUUUGUGAUCUUCCAAGAGCCAGGAAGACCUCCAGUGGACAUCACAGGCAACAAGUUCAAGGAGAAGGUCCAGUUGUCUUUUCUGCACGGGAAUCACUACGACUGCGUUUAUCCCGUCAGCCGGAUAAAGAACGCUGCGCUCUGCCAGUCCGUGCUGUACGAGCUGCUGUACGCCGACGUCUUCCGGGUGAGCCGGCGCGCUCUGGCGUCCUGUCGAGGGAGCGGCCGAGCCUGCGAGCGGCUGAGCGACGACAACAUGGCGGCGUGCGCCAGCGGCGACGAGUCGGACCCGGACGCGGGAAACGACUUCAGGGGCGAGAACAGCCGCUCAAGGGGGGCCCUGCUGCCGGAAAGUGUGCGCCGUUCAUUGAGUGCCAGUCUGUAUCGAAAUGUUGCCUACGACACGUGGCAAAAGGCCAAGAAAGCGCAACAAAAGCGCGAUUACUGCAUGGCUGCCGGGUUGCAGUACACUGUAGGCCAGCGCUGUCAGGUGCGCCUGGAUGGAAGUGAGCAGAGCUACGACGGCACCAUCGAGGAGAUCUCGCCGUCUGGCGGCCCGGUGACGGUUUACACGGACGAAGAAGGCACAAUACUCGUUCCCCUGUGGAGCCUGCGACCGGCGACGUCGGACGGCUCGAGUUGGAGCGCCGUCCUCCGUCGGGAGAGGAGAAUUUCCAGCGGACAGCGAGAGUCCGCACCAAAGUCCUUCUCUGGUCCCAGAGCCCCAAGCGCCGGUGGGCACCAGCAGAAGUCACGGCCGCCGCAAGGAGAGCUGAGACGUUCCAGGAAGAGCGCACGUGAGACUGCCUCUUUUGACCUGUCUGUGGAGGAGUUCCAGCUUAAGGAUGAGCACAGCUUCCCGCCACUUGGGAGGUCGUGUCCAAAUGAAGAUGCUGCAGGAGAACAGAAGAGCCUCACUGGACCUCUUCAACAUACUGCCGCGUGUCCCUCGUCUCCUCCUUCCACCGACGCCGCUGCCCUAUCCUCAAAUACCGGCCCGGCUCCCACAUUCAUAUCGCCGAUCGCGCCGUCCCCUGGGGCCGCGGCCGCCGCCGCCCGCAGCUUGUCCUCGCCCAGUCCUCCGGCGGACCCGAGAUCCUCGUCUUCAUCGCCGGCGCAGCCUCUUUCGCGACUCCCCGAGGCCCUCGGACUUUCAGUUCCCGGGCCAACUCAAAGUCCAGACGCUGGAGAGGCGGGGAGCGCGCCAACGGGCCAGGAGGCCGCCGAAGAAUUGAAAGCUCAGCCGGCCGAUGCGACCGAUCCCCCUCGCGGCCAGAACCAGUCAUGGACGGCCCCUUCACCCUUCAUCCGCACAACGCCCCAGAAUCCCAGUGAGAAUGAAUCUGCACAGCGGCCCUUGCCCGUUUCCUCCUCCGAUAUCCCCCAGCCGUCGGGCGCCGCUCCCGUCCCCCUCGGAUACCUCCCGACUCUCCCCGGAGGCGUCCCCGUGCGCCACCUCGCCCAGGACCCCCUCUACCCUGGCUUCCCCCUGGGAGAGAGUGGCAACGUGCUCCCGCCUCCAGACUUCUCUCUCUGCAAGUCGGGAGAAGACCUCCCCCGAGAUGUAAACAUUCUGAGGUUUUUCUUCAACUUGGGUGUGAAGGCAUACAACUGGCCCUUGUACAUGCCCUACAUGUACCUGCUGCCCCUCCAGCAGGCCCACAUCAUGCACCCCCACAUCCUCUCGCCGGUCCCGAGCCACCGGCCUCCCGACGGCCCCCCUCGGCCCACGUGUUCUCCCACGCAAUCCAGUGACUCCGCCGACGCGUGGCCCGCACCCCACGAUCCGGCGUACUGCGCGUGUCCAUGGCAACAGCAUCCGGCAGCAGGACCCGCCGGGCGGAAUCCGCCGGCCGCCGUCUUGCCGUCGCACCCCUGGGAGCCCAACGUCGACGUGCACCACAGAGGCUCUCUGCAAGCUUUCCCCAUCAACUCGCCGCUUGCGUCCAAAAUGGUUGUCAGGAGGAAGUGGAAAUGCACAAAAGCCCUCGUGAGGCCUUCUUCAUUUCCAGGGGACGAGGCCGUGGCCGUGAUCCCACCGCUCGACAUCAACCAAAGACCGGGAAGAGCAGUUCCUUUGGCUCGCAUCCCUGCAGGAGGGCACACGCCGCCGCCCCAUCGCCCAUCAGUGGGGUGCAACACCGACGAGGGCGACGAGUCGUCCCGUUUGACGGCGGCGCCGAGGAGACACUACGGCGGGCGACGGGGCUACCGGAGGAGACGUGGAAGCCAACCUGGCACCUACGGAGGAUAUUAACUUCCACUCUAGGUUUGAUGCACUUUAUUCAAUAAAGAUGUCAAAGCUGCAACUUUCCUUUCGUGUCUUCAACUUAUCCUCGAGGGGUGGUGCCGCUUUCCCUCAAAGUUUACGUCCAAUUCUUUUGCCUUAUUUCUGCUAUCAUUUGUUAAGCAUUCCAAUUUCGGGCGCUUUGUGCAGCAUCAAUGCAAAUCACUCAAAUUUUAUCGGCGUAAUCAUUUUAAUGACCACGUAUUAGUAAAUUGCAAAAUUACAACAACAUAAGAAAACAGGAAUGCACAUAAUGGCAGUUUUGUCAAAUGAGUCCCUGUCAAGGCAACAGGUGGCACCGUCAGGCCUAACCGCAGGACGAGUCAGUCCGGUUGAGGCGCAUCUUUACUUCCGCAGAGUCCGGACACGGCGAUCGUUCCGUAGUCAUUUAUUCAUGUCUCUGCUUCGUUUGCAUUCACAUAUAUCAAGUUUGUAUAAAGGACCUUUGUCCAAAAAGACAUUAGCCACAAGGAAAACAUUUUGUUUGCAAGUUGGGUUACAUACACAACUUCAUAUCAUCAUAGUCUUCUUCGUUAGUCCGGCACAGACGGGAAAUCCGCUAGCCUGUUUUCUGGGUUAGCAGAUUGGAAGCUGGAAAUGUUAUUUCCAAGCACACAGUGCAGCGAGGACUUAAAAAGUGCUUAAUGUGGUUAAAAUGCAAAAUCACAUUAGGUAGAUUAAAAAAAAAAAAAAAAAAAAA